CAGAUUUCAUUUAACAGAUCACAUGUUGGUGUGAUCCCGCCCUCCGUAGCCCGUAGCCGCGUAGCGCGUGGCGUCGUAGCUGUAUAGGGCGGGCGACACCGCGAGUCGACGCGCGUGCGUGCGGCAGUACCGAGCCGGCGGCCGCCGCGUGUCGCCGCUCUGCGCCGGCAUGCGUCCGCAUCCCACGCGCUUGCACCCUCGACUUGCAUCCCAGCGUGCGCCCUUGUGCCGGCGGCGGCAUGCUGGGCGCGCGGCUCAAAUCAUGGAUGGAAGCGCAGCUGGGGCGGGCGAAGAAGCGUAAACAGAAGCCGACGAGGCAGACGACGCCGACCACGCCCGUGCCACCUCCGCACCUGUCGUCUCCCGAGAGCGCCUACAGCACGGGCUACUCGACCGAUGGCACGUCGCCCGGCGCGCCGCCCGCGUCGCUCGCCGCUCCGCUGGUGCCUCCCCCGCCGCCGCCCGCGCCGCCCACCACCCACCUGUACCAUGAACCGGCAAAGCGUCGUUCGAGCAUUGCAGUGCGUAGAAUCGCGCCUGAACCGACGGUUUGUGCCACCCCGUCGCCUCGACCGAGGUGUCGCAUCCGGACUAACCCCUGGCUGGGAGGCACGUCGCCCAACGCUAGGAGGAGAGCUCCCAGCGUGCUGCAUCAGCAGUCGUUGCAGUGCCCGCAGGCGCCCACUCUGCACCAUGCGCCUUAUUCGCUGGAUUCACACCCGAAAUAUAGUUCAAGAUCGCCGCACUUGUCACCACACCUAUCACCCCACCUAUCGCCUCAUCUAUCCCCAGAACCCUACAGAACACCGUACUACAGAGGCGGAGCAUCCAGCGAUGAAGAGUGUCGUGGAAUGAAACCUCGUGGAAGGGAAACCGCUAUCCUCUCUGAUGCUGACGUGGACUCGGAUGGUGAUACGGGGCUAGAUGGUGGGGACGAGGACGAGCCGGAUAGUACGGCGUCGCCGGGUAAAAGAAGAGCAAGAAGAAGGAGGCCUCCACGAAGAACUCCACGCUCUGCAGGAGCGACGCCACCCCGAAUGCGACGUCGAUGCCACGCACCCUCAGCCCCUCCUGUCCGAGAACGGGAUCCACUCCUCGAAGCGGAUAGAGAAGCCGAGCGAAAGUACCGGGAGCUGAUACGAGAGGCGGAGAAACUCCUUGUCACUGUUUCAAGAUCUCCUAUCGAGCCCCCGCACAAUCCUAGAGUCAGGGAACUCAGGGCUACUGAGGUGGAUGCACCCCGACGGAGCCCAGAGCGUACUCAUGUGACAAACUUCAUCCGCGCCAACUCCCCUGAACCCCCCCGUCGACUCUCACCAGUAGCGCGCCGCUCCCCCCUCGCCGCACCGCCACCCCCUCGGCCCCAGGUGCAACCCCCCUCGCCAACAGACAGACCACACUCUGAGCCACCGAAGAGGAAGGCCUACGCAAGAGAUGAGGUAUUACAGACAUUGGAAGGACUGCGCAAGAGCUUACAACAACAAUCGGCGCUGCUAGCAGUACAACGCACGCGUCUCGACUCUCUCUGAAGUAGCUUGUAGUAGACACUUGGCUUGCAUUAUUUUCCAAGUUAGUAUUCCAGUAAGUUCCUUCCAGGUGGAUUCAUUCAUUCACGGUAGUUGAUUCCAGCUGUCAGAGCACUGCAUUGGAAUCCACUAAUUCCACUAUACUUCCGCUCAACUAGACACUAGGUGCAGUUAUAACUUCCGAAAAUAGUGGGCAUUGACUGAUUGUAAAGAUGAAGAGUAGGUAGUUAGACACUACCUUAAAGAGGGAUCUAUUCAAAUGUAGAUGUAUAAUUGCUGAUGAUAAUGGAAUUAAAACGCUAUUUACAUUGUUUUAGUAGCGAUGAAGUGCUGAAUCGGGUGAUACAGUGAAUGAAUGGGACUGGCAUUUGUUGUUGAGUUGGAAUAAUGUAAGCCUAGUGGGUUUUGGCGGUGCAUGAACGUGUGUGGUCUAGCAAUCGUGCCUCGCCAAAACGUACUGAAACCUCAUUGCCAAAUAGAAGUAGAUGUUUAUGUUUACAUAUCCUUGUAGUAUCUUCGUUGGCCCACACAUUUGCGUGCAGUUUGCUAGACUUUUAUUACUAUCUUAUUACCAAUAUGUAUGAAGACUUCCAAAUUAUGAAUAGAAAUACCCAAUGGGUUCAAAAUGGCACUCUUAGCCUAAUAUACUUAAAAUAUUGACGAAGGAAAUAUCUCCUUAAACUACCUAUUCAGUCACCAUCCGAACACCAAACAGUUGAAAUGCCAAAAAUUUGUUACGAAAAAUACCUACCCAUUCAAAUAUAAUAAUUACAUUGCGGAGCUUUUUAUUGUAGGUAAUAUUAUAAAAAAUAUCAAACAAAACAUCAAAAAUUUGGAGAAGACCAUUUAUUUUCCACACCUUCCUUUGUAAAAGAUCGAUACUUAUCUCGGACGUAGUACAUAAUUUCCAUAACAAGUUAUACCGUUAUACUUAAUUCACUUUUUUAACGUAACCUAUAAUUUACUUGAAAGUAAUUGCAAAUGACAGGUGUGACGUACAAGUUUAUUUUCACCGUGUUCAUAUUUUCCUGAGGAAAUUAAGUUUUGUCAUACCUACCUCAAAUAGGUGUACCUAUACCUUUUACUCAAUAUAAUAUUAUGAGGUGCAAGUUGAGUGCAUAGGGACGUAAGUGGGUAGGUAUUUUAGAAAUUUAAUAUUUUAUUUAAGAAUUGUUUUCUAUAUUGGGUCAAAAGUCGCAUUCUGGACGCAAGUGUUUUUGGGUCUGUAGUUCUUCCAUAUUUCCUAGACAAAUCCCUCCAAAGAUCUAGUCUAGUCCUCAUACUAUUAGUAGUUAGUAUUUAGUGGUAUAGUGUUGUUAUCGUUUCGUACCUAUAGGCGAGGCCAUUUUUAUUACUCCAAAUACUUAAUACUUGUAGCGACAUUUUAUUCAUAGUUAGAUUGUAAACGGCUGUUGUAUUUGUGCAAGGUAGAUUUUUAUACGAAUCGUAUAAUUUCGGAUAUUUUUUCUAGAUCCCUAUAAAAACCAUUCUACUAGAUAAAUAGCAAAAUUUCGUAACUUGCCGAUCAAAUAAAGAAAGCCUUAAAGUCUUUAUAGCUGGGCUGUACUUACCGACUAUCGUUUUAUAGCCCGUUUACGAGCAUUAUAGCUCUGUGUUACAGCAACAGCCGUCAGAUUAGGGCAUUAGCACAUGUAUGAAGUAUUGUAGCGUAGUACUAGACAAGUAUUAGCGGUCUCCCUAGCGUAAGCAACCGUGGCCACGGCGUAAGACUGCCUUUACUUCAUAUACAAUGUUUAGUCGUUACAAUUUGGGCUAGGGAUGUAUUACGAUUAUUUUACAAUAGCGACUGAAUCGUUUACGAUAUAGUGUUAAAAACAUAUUAUAAUCUACAUAUUAUUAUAAUAUUAUCGCUCCUAUAAUCGUGAUACGGCCUUAGCUUUACUAUUUAGGUACUCGACUGAUGAUUUAAACCCAUAAAAAUUUAACAACAAAAUAUUAAAAAGAAGAAUAAAAUUUGUUAAACGAUUAUGUAGGUCAAUUUUUGUUAAAAAUUCAUAUUUAUUGACAUUUCUUUGGUAAUAGUUCUAGUAUAAAUAUAUUUAGGUACCUAUAUCAUUAAUAUUUUCUGUGAAUUACUUUACAUAGAUACUAAUUCAAAGAGAAAUAUUAAACUUAUAGUGACCUUAUAAUAAAAAUCAAAAAAUAAAAUAUGAAUCCAUCUCGACGAUUUCAGAGCGCGCGCUACUACCUUGAUACUAAGUUUUUUAUGAAUUGUACAACUGAAUCUGAGGGAUGGACGUUAAAAAAAUUAUUAUGAAAUGUAAUUUUACUAAGUUAUUUGUUAAUAAUAGUGUGCUUUUAGCGAUCAUCGGUCGAGUAACAAGGGCACCUCAGUUGGUCCCAUAUUUUUGUUAGUGCAAUUUUUGGCGAGAGCGCGAAACAUAUCGCUAUCAUCUGCCGAAUGUAAAUAUUUAAUCAUAUAAAAGCCUAGCGCCUCACUAGCGAUAUUUUGUCACAGUGAUAAACAAUCACUGUAGGUAUUUUGUAUGAAAAUAUAUCUAUUAAAUGCUAUGUUACUGUCACAUCACUAGUGUGCAUAGUUGCAUGAGUUUUCUAAAAAAAUGUACUCAACAAUAAACUACGUGACAAGAGUCUCUAAUGGGGUCGUAGGUUUACUUGUUUAUUGUAAGUAUAAAUAAGAUUUAUACGUUUAGUUGAAUUUUCAUUAAAACA